UUUCUCUUCCCAUGACCCUUCAUCGACCGUCAACCUUGUCCUUUCAAGGAUGUCACCUUCUGUCUUUUCUCAUUAGAAGGAUUUGACUUUUUUUUUUUCUUUUUCCUUUUUAUUUUCUUAAUUUUUGCUCGGACUAAUUCCCACGUCUAAUAACUAUGGCCUCUCUCCCGGGCUAUUCGGCCACCUCCGGUCGAACACGAUCAUCCGAUAGUCCUACGUCCACGUCCACCGCCCGGGACGAGCUGGAGAGAUCGGAAACGAACAGUCACUCGUCGACGGAAUCGACCGGCGACACGGAAACCGUCUACCUCAAUCAGCCCGACGAAAGUGCAUCCAUCAGCGAGCCCCCGAUCUCCACCCUCAGCGCCGUUGACUCAUCCAAUGACGAACCUCGAAAAUGCUGGAUCUGCUAUACCGACGAGACGGAGGACUCGCCCCUAAACGCCGAAUGGCGCUCGCCGUGUCCCUGUGCCCUGACAGCCCACGAAGCUUGCCUGCUAGACUGGCUGGCCGACCUGGAAAACCCCCGGGCCCGCAAACGCAACGGCCGCAACGCGAAGAUGGUGUGCCCCCAGUGCAAGUCGGAGAUCGUGGUCUCGCGCCCGCGCAGCUAUAUUGUGGAUAUUGUCCGGUUAUUUGAGCGGUUUGCCGGUCGGCUGGUUCUGCCCGGGAUGGUGUUCACGCUAGCAGGGACAGUCUGGGCGGGGUGCUGUGCGCAUGGUGUAUAUUCCAUGUACUUUGUUUUUGGAACCGAGGAGGCGCGGCAGAUUUUGGAAGAGAGUGCAGACGCAUCGUGGAAUUCGGGCCUCAACCUGGGGUUACCGCUCAUCCCAUUGGUGUUGAUCUUCUCGCGCACCCGUUACGCCGAAGGCUUACUCCCUGCCAUUCCCGUUCUCUUUUUCGCGACGCACAAUCCUGGUCACGAGCCCGAGCUUGACUUUUGGCCACCCAGCCCGGCCAUGACCUUUGCAGCUCUUCCCUACAUCAAGAGCUUCUACAGCGCAAUCUACGAACGAUUCUUUGGCAAAUUAGAGAGGAAAUGGAUUGUGGAGGUGCAACCACGGCAGUCCGAUGUCAACGAGUUUGAUGACAAUGCGCCGCCCGAGCAACAGGAGCCGGCAGACCCGGUAAGAAACGAUAACGGUCGGGUAUUGAUGGAAAUUGAUUUUGAGCUGCAGGUUGGAAUGGGUGCCGACGACGAUGGAGUCCAGGGCGAUUUUGGUUUCCAGGCCGGAGGAGAAGGAGCGCAAGGAGACGAGCAAGGCGCGGGUGCUAUGGGAAAUGGCCAGGCCUUGGGACUGGGGCGGCGCGAUGAUCUCAUCCACGAGACCAGCAGCCUCGCCGAUAUCGUCCUCGGAGCGCUUGCCUUUCCCGCCAUAUCCGCCUCUGUCGGGGGACUUUUGAAAUACGUGCUGCCGAAGACCUGGACCGCGCCCUCGACUCUGGAGCGUGGUCGACCGGGCCUGCUGCAGAGCCGAUGGGGCCGCAGCGUGAUCGGGGGCUGUGUUUUUGUGCUGCUGAAAGAUGCAUUGGUUCUCUACUGUCGAUGGAAACUCGCCCAAACCCAUCGACGGCGGAAGGUGCUUAAUUAUGACCGGGCCAAGAAGCAGGUGGCCCGACAACGAUCGACUUCUUAA